UUGUGUGUGUGAGUGUUUUUGGAGUGAAUAUUUGAGUGUUUUGUGAGUAUUGGAGUGUGUGGUUGGAAAUGCGCGGGUGUCACAGCUGUCCAUUAAUCGCUUCAAGAUACACCAUUAUCACAUUUCCUGUCCUGCAAUGCACCGUUCUCUCCUCGCUGACCUUGUGGUGUGUGUGUGUGUGUGUGUGUGUGUUUCACUGUUUGAUCUGCUGCAGUCUCUGACGAGACAGCCAGACGUUACCCUACGGAACGAGCUCAGACAAAGACUAUAUGAAUAAACAAGACUGGAAAGCGUCAAUUUACCGUGUAGCCUAGGGAAACUGGCAAUUCUUCUUGUUUGCGGUUCAUUCACGCGAUGGCGCUGCUGUUGCAGCUUAAGAUCAAGAUCAGCACCGUUGAUCCGUCUGCAUGUUUACAUGUGUCAACACUCAAACAAGUGGGCCCACAGCAGUGACAGGUUACACGCCGCAUGUUCUCAAGAAAUCCGCAAAAGUGAACACUAGAGUGGGGCAUCCAUGUGUUAUUUGUUGCAGGACAAAGGGCACCCACCCACACUUGGUCUUCCAUCGCUUUCCUAAAGAUCAUGACAGACCGAGACCCAGACACCCCAGCUGACCCAAACAAACCCCAUGGUGGACCUAUUCCCCAGCCGGGCACUGGACACAGCGGUCACCAGACUGAGGACUGGCCACACCCGCCUCAAUGCCCACCUGCACAGGCUGGGCAUGACUGACUCUCCUCACUGCCUCUGGUGCCCUACCCACCCUGACACCCCAGAACACCUGCUGCUGCACUGCCCUCGGCACCACUCACGCCGUGUGGCCUUCCUCCCCUCACUGUCUGCCAUUCACCCACACAGGCCAACACUGACUCACCUCCUGGGUGGCUGCACAAAUACCACUCAGGCUUUCAAGACACUCAACCUCACCAGGACCUUCCUACACAAAACAAUAUAGCCUGAACGCAUCACCACCGCGUACUGCACCCUAAGGGCACUAGAGGCUGUGACACACAGCCACACAGCCUGCACGGCCCCAACAACAACAAGACAUCCUAAAGGUAGGUCAUAUCUCGCCUGUCACGUGACCCCUUGAGCUGCCGUGACCUGGGGGGGUAGGGAAGGUCAGUGGGCAGGGGUACAGGUGUUGAAUUGUUGAUUGUUGAGUUGAGUUAUAGGUCGGGAGAGAUGCCUUUGUAUCGGCUCUCCCUGACGUAUUUUUCUGGCUGGCGGGGUUUUUCUUCUUUCACUUAUUGAUUUCUGUUAUCGUCUUCUAUUUCCUUGAUCUUCUUUUGUCUUACAUUCCAAAAUUUUUGCAGAGUUGUUUUUGUUUCUUGUAUGUCUGUAUUAUUAAAAAGCAGAUCCCCAAUUAUUUUUUCAGUAUUUUCCUGGUAUGGCUGCUGUAAUGUUUUAUUUUUGUGUCUUUCUGUGGCAUAGGCAGGGCACCAGAGAAGGAAGGGGGCUAAAUUUUCGUCGUCACCACUACACAGCCAGCAGUCUGCUUUCAUUUGAAAA